UCCAUUUCCUCUUCCCUUGCUGACACAGAGGAGUGUUCCUACUGGCAGUGAUCUAAUCAUAGUGCAGUAAGAAUCAUGGCAGUUUUAUAAAACAUGGUGGAGACAGCAGCUGAAAUGGAAGCAUAUGUUUUAGAAGACAUUCUUGAGGUGGAGUCAUUCAUUUUGGAUCAGGAUGAUCUGGAAAAUCCUAUGCUGGAGACUGCUUCAAAAUUGCUGCUGUCAAGUACUGCUGAUGGUGCUGAUCUAAGAACAGUAGAUCCAGAAACCCAAGCUAGGUUAGAAGCUUUACUGGAAGCUGCAGGAAUAGGUAAAUUAUCUACAGCUGAUGGAAAAGCCUUUGCAGAUCCUGAAGUGCUUCGCAGACUGACUUCUUCAGUCAGCUGUGCAUUGGAUGAAGCUGCUGCUGCACUUACCCGAAUGAGAGCAGAAAGCACAACAAAUGCAGGGAAGAUGGACAACCGUAGUUUAGCAGAAGCUUGUUCAGAAGGAGAUGUAAAUGCUGUGCGGAAGUUACUUAUUGAAGGGCGAAGUGUGAAUGAACACACUGAAGAAGGGGAAAGUCUUCUUUGUUUAGCCUGUUCAGCUGGAUACUAUGAACUUGCUCAGGUCUUGCUGGCAAUGCAUGCAAAUGUUGAAGAUAGAGGUGUCAAAGGAGACAUAACACCUCUAAUGGCUGCUGCUAACGGGGGACAUGUCAAAAUUGUCAAGUUGCUGCUAGCUCAUGGUGCUGAUGUCAAUGCACAGUCUUCAACCGGCAACACAGCACUCACUUACGCUUGUGCUGGAGGCUAUGUGGAUGUUGUGAAAGCCCUUUUGGAGUCUGGCGCUAGUAUUGAGGACCAUAAUGAAAAUGGCCACACUCCUCUUAUGGAGGCAGGGAGUGCUGGACAUGUGGAAGUUGCCAGAGUGCUGUUAGAAAAUGGCGCUGGAAUCAAUACCCAUUCCAAUGAAUUUAAGGAGAGUGCACUUACACUGGCUUGCUAUAAAGGUCAUUUAGAAAUGGUGAGAUUUUUACUGGAAGCAGGUGCAGACCAGGAGCAUAAAACAGAUGAAAUGCAUACUGCAUUGAUGGAGGCAUGCAUGGACGGGCAUGUGGAAGUUGCUAGGUUACUCCUUGAUAGUGGUGCUCAGGUGAACAUGCCUGCUGAUUCCUUUGAAUCUCCAUUAACAUUGGCAGCUUGCGGUGGGCAUGUAGAGCUGGCUGCCUUAUUAAUUGAGCGAGGGGCUAACCUGGAGGAGGUAAAUGAUGAAGGUUAUACACCACUAAUGGAAGCUGCCCGAGAGGGUCAUGAGGAGAUGGUGGCUUUACUUCUAGGUCAAGGAGCCAACAUCAAUGCUCAGACAGAAGAGACCCAAGAAACUGCUUUAACCCUAGCAUGCUGUGGGGGCUUUCUGGAAGUGGCUGACUUCCUUAUUAAAGCAGGAGCUGAUAUAGAACUUGGCUGUUCUACCCCCUUAAUGGAAGCUGCUCAGGAGGGUCACUUGGAGCUAGUUAAAUAUUUAUUAGCUGCAGGAGCUAAUGUGCAUGCAACAACAGCAACAGGAGACACAGCACUGACAUACGCAUGUGAGAACGGUCAUACAGAUGUAGCAGAUGUGUUGCUCCAAGCAGAUGCAGACCUGGAACAUGAAUCUGAAGGAGGAAGGACUCCAUUAAUGAAAGCAGCAAGAGCAGGUCAUGUCUGUACUGUCCAGUUCUUAAUUAGCAAAGGAGCAAAUGUGAAUAGGACCACAGCUAACAAUGAUCAUACGGUAUUGUCACUUGCUUGUGCUGGAGGUCACCUGGCAGUUGUGGAAUUGUUGUUAGCUCAUGGAGCUGAUCCUACACACAGACUGAAAGAUGGUUCAACUAUGCUAAUAGAAGCUGCUAAGGGUGGCCAUACCAGUGUGGUUUGUUACCUGUUGGACUAUCCUAACAACCUGCUUUCUGCUCCUCCACCUGAGUCCACUCAACUGACUCCCCCAUCCCAAGAUUUAAAUAGGGCUCCUCGUGUACCAGUACAGGCACUACCCAUGGUUGUCCCACCCCAGGAGCCUGACAAACCCCCUGCCAAUGUUGCCACAACCCUUCCCAUCAGAAAUAAAGCCACUUCCAAACAAAAGUCCAACAAUCAUUUGCAACCAACCAGCACAGAUGUACAAAGUUACAUUGCCAGUCAGUCCCCAGAAAGCAUUGUUGAGGAGGCUCAGGGCAAGUUAACAGAAUUGGAACAAAGAAUCAAGGAAGCCAUAGAAAAGAAUGCACAGCUGCAAUCCUUGGAAUUGGCACAUGCUGACCAGCUUACAAAGGAGAAGAUUGAAGAGCUGAACAAAACCAGAGAGGAGCAAAUUCAGAAGAAGCAAAAGAUCCUAGAAGAACUGCAGAAAGUAGAGCGGGAGUUACAGCUGAAAACACAACAGCAAUUGAAAAAGCAAUAUCUGGAGGUCAAAGCUCAAAGAAUUCAGUUGCAGCAGCAGCAGCAGCAGCCACCUCAGCCGCCACCACCACCACCACUACCAUGUCAGCACUUGGGACUGCUAACUCCUGUUGGGGUAGGAGAGCAGCUUCCUGAGGGAGACUAUGCACGAUUGCAGCAGGUGGACCCAUACUUGCUGAAAGACGAUCCCCAGCAAACUGGUACUCAGAUGGGUUUUGCUCCAAUUCAGCCUCUUGCAAUGCCACAAGCUUUGCCUCUGUCUGCAGGUUCCUUACCUCCAGGCUCUAUUGCAAAUCUUACAGAACUUCAAGGUGUUAUAGUUGGACAGCCAGUACUGGGCCAAGCACAACUUACAGGGUUGGGACAAGGAAUUCUAACAGAUGCACAGCAAGGGUUAAUGGUAGCCAGCCCUGCCCAAACCCUCAAUGACACACUGGAUGACAUCAUGGCAGCAGUGAAUGGAAGAGCAUCUGCAGUGUCAAACACCCCUACCCAUAGCAUUGCAACGUCUGUUUCUCAGCCUCAGACACCAGCUCCGAGUCCUAUCAUUUCUCCUUCAACCAUGCUACCUGUCUACCCUGCCAUAGAUAUUGAUGCACAGACUGAAAGUAACCACGAUACUGCACUGACUCUUGCUUGUGCUGGUGGACAUGAAGAACUGGUACAGACGCUCCUAGAGAGGGGAGCUAAUAUUGAACACAGGGACAAAAAGGGAUUUACUCCCCUUAUUUUGGCUGCUACAGCUGGUCAUGUUGGUGUUGUUGAGAUCUUGUUAGACAAUGGUGCAGAUAUUGAAGCUCAGUCUGAGAGAACCAAGGACACCCCAUUAUCUUUAGCUUGUUCUGGAGGAAGACAGGAGGUGGUGGAACUCCUGCUAGCUCGCGGUGCAAACAAAGAGCACAGAAAUGUUUCUGAUUACACACCUCUAAGCUUGGCUGCAUCCGGUGGUUACGUGAAUAUCAUCAAAAUACUAUUGAAUGCUGGUGCAGAGAUAAAUUCAAGAACUGGUAGCAAGUUGGGCAUCUCUCCAUUAAUGUUAGCAGCCAUGAAUGGUCAUACUGCUGCUGUUAAGCUGCUCUUGGACAUGGGUUCUGAUAUUAAUGCACAGAUAGAGACCAACAGGAAUACUGCCUUGACACUGGCCUGUUUUCAAGGAAGAACUGAAGUGGUUAGCCUUCUCCUUGACAGAAAAGCUAAUGUCGAGCACAGAGCUAAGACUGGCCUAACACCAUUAAUGGAAGCUGCUUCUGGUGGAUAUGCAGAAGUAGGCAGAGUUCUUCUAGACAAAGGUGCUGAUGUAAACGCACCACCAGUUCCGUCAUCAAGAGACACAGCUUUAACCAUUGCUGCAGACAAAGGGCAUUACAAGUUCUGUGAGCUGCUUAUUAGCAGGGGAGCUCACAUUGAUGUCCGUAAUAAGAAAGGAAAUACUCCUUUAUGGCUUGCCGCUAAUGGUGGUCAUUUAGAUGUUGUCCAGUUGCUAGUACAAGCAGGAGCAGAUGUAGAUGCUGCUGAUAACAGAAAAAUAACUCCACUGAUGGCAGCUUUUCGAAAGGGUCAUGUGAAAGUUGUACGCUAUCUGGUAAAAGAAGUAAAUCAGUUCCCAUCAGAUUCAGAAUGCAUGAGAUACAUAGCAACAGUAACUGACAAGGAAAUGUUGAAGAAGUGCCACCUCUGUAUAGAAUCAAUUGUCCAAGCCAAGGACAGGCAAGCUGCUGAAGCAAACAAGAAUGCAAGCAUUCUUUUAGAGGAAUUGGAUUUAGAAAAGCUACGAGAAGAAAGUAGAAGGUUGGCUCUAGCUGCUAAAAGGGAGAAAAGAAAGGAGAAGAGAAGAAAGAAAAAAGAAGAGCAAAGGAGGAAACUAGAAGAAAUUGAGGCAAAAAACAAAGAAAAUUUUGAAGUACAAACUACUCAAGAAAAGGAAAAACUAAAAGUUGAAGAUGAGGAAAGAGUCCUUACAGAACCACCUAGUGCUACCACAACAACCACAAUAGGUAUAUCUGCAACAUGGACAACUUUGGCAGGUUCCCAUGGAAAAAGAAACAGUACUGUCACCACAAGCAGCUCUAAGAGAAAAAGCAGAAAAAGCAAAAUCAGCCAAGAGACUGUUCGGAUUAUUUUUGAUGAUCAGCUCCCAAUCUCCUAUUCUCAACCAGAAAAAAUAAAUGGUGAAUCAAAAAGCAGCAGUACCAGUGAAAGUGGUGACAGUGACAACAUGAGAAUUUCCAGCUGUAGUGAUGAAAGCAGCAAUAGUAACAGCAGCCACAAAAGUGACAGCAAUUCUUCUACAACAAUCACUAGUGCUUCAAGCAGCAAGAAGCAGCCAUCGGUGCUGGUCACCUUCCCCAAAGAUGAACAAAAAGCAGUUUCUGGCAAAUCUUCAGUCAAGUUGUCAGAUGUUAUUGGUGAAGUGACUGGUAACACCUUAUCUACUUGCACGAAACCUUGUCCAUCACCGCUUUCUUCUCCUAAUGGAAAAAUCACCUUAGCUAGCCCUAAACGUGGUCAGAAGAGAGAAGAAGGGUGGAAGGAAGUUGUAAGAAGAUCGAAGAAAGUUUCUGUUCCGUCAACUGUUAUUUCCAGAGUAAUUGGAAGAGGUGGUUGCAACAUCAAUGCUAUUAGAGAGUUUACUGGAGCACAUAUAGACAUUGAUAAACAGAAAGACAAAACAGGGGACAGAAUCAUAACAAUAAGGGGAGGCACAGAAUCAACAAGACAAGCAACACAGCUCAUAAAUGCUCUGAUUAAGGAUCCAGACAAGGAAAUUGAUGAGCUCAUUCCAAAGAAUCGUUUAAAAAACUCUGUAGCCUAUCCCAAAACAGGGGUGUCAGCCCAUACCACCACUACAACUCACAAUUCUGUAGCUGGGAGCAAGGUAACUGUAGCAAUCUCAUCAUCGUCUCAAAUUGCCACAGUGCUUUCUGUGCCUGCAAUUUCUUCAGCUUCUACUCACAAAGCUAUCAAGAACCCUGUGAACAAUGUGCGUCCUGGAUUUCCAGUUUCUUUGCCGCUAGCAUAUCCUCCUCCCCAGUUUGCGCAAGCCCUGCUUGCUGCUCAGACUUUCCAACAGAUCCGUCCACCAAGAUUGCCCAUGACCCAUUUUGGAGGAACUUUCCCACCAGCUCAGUCCACCUGGGGUCCUUUCCCUGUUAGACCUCUGAGCCCUGCAAGAGCGACUAACUCACCUAAGCCUCACACAGUGCCUCGCCAUAGCAAUCAAAAUAGCAGUGGUUCUCAAAUGAAUUCUGUGGGUUCUUCAACUUCCAGUCCCACAACUACCACAAGUUCAGCUGUGUCUACUGUGCCUGUUACUUCUGCAGAUGGAAGUCCCAGUUCACCUUCAGUUCGAAGGCAGCUCUUCGUCACCGUGAUUAAGACAUCCAGCACUACAACAAAUACAAUUGCAACCACAGCAAGCAACAACAGCACAACACUCACGAAUGCCACAUAUCCUUUUCCUACUGCCAAAGAACACUAUCCUGUGCCAUCCAAUUCCUCCCCUUCACCACCAGCCCAAUCAGCAAGGGUUUCCAGAAGUAGUCCUUCAGAAGGCACAGCAAAUUCUCCAAAUAAAGGGCUGCUUUCCUCUGACCAGGAAGUUGCUAGCCCACCAAUAUCAGAGACAGCAAAUCUGGCCAGCAACAAGCAGUCAAAUAGUGGUUCCGUUGGUGUUAUUUCAGAGCAUCCUGUUCAGCCGCAGUCUCUUGGGUCUGUUUCCCAAGAAGUAAGACCACCUCUACAACAGCCUCAGGUUCAGACACAAGAUCCUCGAAUGAUUAUGCCUCCAAAUUUAGUAACAGUGAGCACUUCUGCUGCAGUAGUUGCUCCUGCUAAUGUUCCAAUAAAUUCUCCAGCAAACUAUCUUUUGCCUCAAGCAUCAGUGGGAUCUACUCAACCACCACCUCCGGCUAAAAUGGAAAACCCCGCCACCAGGCUACCUUCCCAUGGAGCAAAUCCUGCACACAAGAAUUCAGCUGCUGCUCCAAAUGCUUCAGUUGCUGUUCUUAAUGUCAAUCACAUAAAAAGACCCAAUAGUGUUCCUUCUUCAGUACAGCUUCCUUCUACCUUAAGUACACAAAGUGCUUCUCAAAAUGCAGUCCAUUCGGCAAGCAAGUCCAUGACCACCAACUUCAGUGCUACUUUACCAUUUGGGCCCUUUAGUACACUGUUUGAGAACAGUGCUGCCUCCUCUCAUGCUUUCUGGGGUGGAUCUGUCUUAUCUCAGACAACAGCAGAAUCUGUGCUGUCUGGAAAGUCUUCAUUUCUGCCAAACUCAGAUCCAUUACAUCAGUUAGAUACUUCCAAAGCCCCAGGUUUUAGACCCCCACUGCAGAGACCAGCUCCAAGUCCCUCAGGUAUUGUCAGUAUUGAUUCACCAUAUGGUUCUGUAACACCUCCUUCUACACAUUUGGGUAACUUUGCCUCAAACCUUUCAAGCAGUCAAUUAUAUGCACCAGGAACACCUCUUGGGGGAGCACCGGCAGCUGCUAAUUUUAACAGACAGCACUUUUCCCCACUCAAUUUAUUGCCUCCAUGUUCCUCUGCAUCAAAUGAGCCACCUGCUCAGCCAGUGUCUGCUGGAGUUAGAGCACCAUCUCCAACCCCUUCAUCUGUUUCCCUGGCACCAGAAAAGCCCAGCAGUGUGUCACAGGACAGAAAGGUCCCUGUCCCAAUUGGAACAGAGCGUUCUGCACGCAUCAGGCAAACUGGAACAUCUACACCCUCUGUUAUAGGGAGCAACUUAGCCACUCCAGUGGGUCACAGUGGUAUAUGGUCUUUUGAAGGGAUAGGAGGAAAUCAAGGUGAUAAACUAGAUUGGUGUCACAGUGGAAUGGGAAACCAUGUGAUUCACAGACCCAUGUCUGAUCCAGGUGUAUUUUCACAACAUCAAGCAAUGGACAGAGACAGCACAGGAAUUAUUACUCCUUCUGGUACAUUCCAUCAGCACAUUCCUGCUGGAUACAUGGACUUUCCUAAAGUUGGGGGGAUGCCUUUAUGAUCCCAUGGAACAAUAUCAGUUUUUACGCCUUUCCCCUGAUCCCGCUCAUAACAAAAGUGGUAUUGAAGAUUGUUCACAACGAGGCCACAGGAGUGUUGAUAACCCCAUGGUGGCUACGCCAACCAUGGUUCUCCACUCUUCUCCGCAUGUCUCACAACACCUUUCUUCGCCUUCCAUACUGUAUUUGAUAACCCAACAAGAAGGGACUCUCCGCCAUCCGGACUUAUCAUUGUUGAACCCCACAGCCUGGCAAAUUCGAUGAACAUCGAUACCAAUUUGAUACCGACAGCAUUUCGACUCUCCAGGAAUCGCACCCACAAGCCCGACACUCAGCCUACUUCUUUGGGUCCGAUGGACUUGGCCUCGGGCUCGACAGUUCUCCAUCCAGAUAUUCAGAGGAUUCUCGAAUCUGCACUGCGACCGUCAACACGGAGAUCUUAUGCAGCAAAGUAGCGUUGGUUCUCGUCUUUUGCUGAGUCUCACUCAUUCACUCCAGAUUCUGCAUCGAUAGAGGAUAUUCUUCAGUUUCUCCUAGAACUUCACCAUUCAGGACUUAAGCCAUCAUCUAUAAAAGUGUACAUGGUGGCAAUUUCUUACUACUGUGGAGAAGUAUGGGGAUUGUCGAUCUUUUCUCAACCACUAAUUAAGAGAUUCCUUAAAGGACUUCAGAAUCUUCAUCCAUCGGUUCGGCCGGUCAUGCCCACUUGGAAUCUCUCAGUAGUGCUUCAGGCGCUUACCAGAGCCCCAUUCAAACCUCUGGCAACUAUAGACUUACACCUUGUUUCAUGGAAGACAGCUUUUCUUGUUGCCAUCACAUCAGCUCAAAGAGCUAGUGAACUGCGUGCUCUUAGAGUGGACCCUCCUUAUUUGAAUUUCCAUAAGGAGAAGGUUGUUCUUUGUAUGGAUCCGUCAUUUUUGCCUAAAGUUGCCACUUCAUUUCAUAUGAAUUAGGAGAUCGUCUUACCUGCCUUCUUCCCAUCACCGUCGAAUCUGAUCAAAAGGUCCUUUCAUACUAUUGCGGCUAUUACCCGUUGGUACGGGACCGUACUCUCUCCCUGGUACUGAGAGAGGCUCCGUCCACCUCGAGACCGACGAGGUCUAGGCGUCCCAGCUUGCCAAUUGAGUCUUCUUAGAGCUGUCCGCUCUAAGAUUAUGAUUUGGACUCAGAUGACUCCGAGGUGGUGUCAACUUCGCCCGACACCGUCUUCUCCACACAAAGUCCCAGCUCACCAGAGGAACCAUACGUGACCUUUGGGGAACUGAUGGCAAGACUUGCCAGAUCACCAGAGAUCAAAGCCCAACAUCACAUCGAUCCUCGCACUGACAAGUUCUAGAACAUCGUUAAAGGAGAACAAUCAGCUGCCAUCAUCCUUCCCCUAAUCACAACUCUUCAACAGGCAAUGAUGGAACCAUGGAACUUUCCAAACCAGCCUCAACCUACCUUACGUCGGUAUGAGGCUAUGUAUCGAGUUCGGGAGCAGGAUAUUCCAUUCCUCCUGCGUCAUCCGAGGCUGAACUCGAUAGUUGUGGAAUCAUCCCAAGUUUGCGAGUCGAGGGGCCAUAUUACACCCCGUGACAAGGAAGGCUUGUCGAGUCUACGCCACUACAGGACUUGGCCUUCACAUUUUGAAUUAUGAAGCCACGCUGGCUCGGUAUCAAUACUUUUUGAUGCAGAAGCUAGACAAUAUCACCGCUUCUCUCCCGGACCAGCAAAAAGAUCUGGCUCGUAUAUUCAUUAAGGAGGUCAUGCAGGUGACGGUUCAACAGCUGACUACGGCAAGACACCAUGUCGAUUCCAACUCCAGGGCUCCGGUUGGUGCCAUCUCCCUUCGUUGCCACGCUUGGCUUCGAAGCUGCAACUUCCCGGAGGAAACCAAACGCUGAAUCAAAGAGAUGCCUUUUGAUGGCUCGGGCUUAUUUCAUGCACGGACGGACCACAAGAUGAAGUUCAUACAUGAAUCGAGGAUGACUGCUCGUCGGAUGGAAGUCCCAAAUCAAGCCCGACGUAAGUUGUCCUGUCCCCGUCCUUCUUACAGGUUGCAGCUGUACUCUCAAUUUCUGAACCGUCAGCAGUUUCAGCCCCGUCAACAACAUCAGAAGCAGCAUCAACAACAGCGCUUCCAGCAAAACCACUGUCAUUUCGACUCUGACGAACACCAGCGUUGACGGGACGUGCAAACCUCUCCUCUCCUCCUUAACCCACCCUCCCCUCUCCCUUUUGGGGAUCGACUACAAAGUCGACUCCCCAUUUGGGAGUCCAUCACAUCUGAUCGGUGGGUCUUAUCCAUUAUUCAGCUUGGAUAUAGAAUAGAGUUCAAUAUCGUACCGAUUCGAUUUACACCUCAGUCAUUGGUUCUCAUUGACGAAGUUCAACAAUUACUUCGUAAAGGAGCGAUCCGACAGCUUACGUGCUCUGAGGGGCUUCACGGAUUCUAUUUGAGAUAUUUUACUGUCCCUAAGCAGGAUGGUGGUCUUCGUCCGAUUCUGGACCUACGUGACAUCAUUAGGUUCAUCAAAACUAAAAAGUUUUGGAUGACCACCCUUCAAAAUAUCCUUCCGUUGCUUAGGAGAAAGGAUUGGUUCACUUCUCUGGACCUGAAAGAUGCCUAUUUUCAUAUUGUUAUUCAUCCAUCCCAUAGAUGUCUUCUAUGGUUUACUGUCAGUUCCAACCUGUUUGAAUUCAACGUCCUCCCAUUUGGACUAGCUACUGCCCCCCAGGUUUUCACCAAAUGUAUGGCCCCGGUGUGUGCACAUCUUUGGCUCCAAGGGAUUCAAGUGUAUCUCUACCUGGAUAACUGGUUGAUAGUCUCCCCGUCCCUGGAAAGUCUUCUUUCAGCGCUGAGAAUGACUUGGGCUCUUCUGGACAAUUUGGGACUGUGCAUUAACCAUGAGAAAUCUUGCCUUAUUCCCUCACAGGUCAUCAAUUUCAUUGGAGCGCAUUUCGAUUCCAUACUAGCGAGAACUUUUCUUCCACCGAGCUGACGGGACAAUCUGUGCUCCUGGAUCCGUCAAAUCCAAAUGGACAGAACUGUUCCAGCACUCUCAAUCCAGAAGCUCCUCAGUCACAUGGCCUCUUCAGUUGCCACAGUUCCCCACACCAGGCUUCAGAUGAGACCACUCCAAUUAUACUCCAAUUAGAUUUCAACAAAAUGUUUCAGCCACAAUGAGACUUGCCCCACCGACUUCUUCGCCUUCCGACUUCUGUCCUCUGGACUCUAUCAUGGUGGACUGUUCGACACAAUCUGACUGUGGGUGUCCCAUUCUGUCUGCCACAUCCAACCCUGACCCUCUAUACCAAUGCAUCCCUGACCGGGUGGGGAGCCCUGUGCACCAGCCUUCGAACACAGUGCACCUGGGACCAACAGGAAUCCGCCAGGCACAUCAAUUAUCUCAAACUCCUGGUGGUCUUCAAAGCACUUCGCUCUUUCGAGGACACUCUCCAGCGACACAUUGUGCAGCUUAUCUCCGACAACGUUGUCGCUGUAUUUUAUAUAAACAAGCAGGGCGGGAUGAAGUCCGCUCCCCUGGCCCAUCUGGUGAUGCAACUGUGGGACUGGUGCAUCCCCAGAGACAUAAUUCUCCUUGCAGUCCACCUGGCCAGUACUGACAACGAGGAGGCCGGUAUCUUGAGCAGAGAAAUGUUGGUGACCCACGAAUGGGAACUGGACCAUCCAACUUGCCGUCGCCUUUUCCUCAACUGGGGCUAUCUGGACAUAGAUCUGUUCGCCACUCACAAAAACAGGAUCUGCGACACGUACUGCUCUCGUGCCGGCAUCGGUCCGGGUUCAACAGGAGAUGCCCUGAUGAUCCCUUGGUCCAACACACUUUUCUACGCCUUCCCUCCAAUCCCACUUAUAACAAAAGUUGUUUCCAAGAUUAUCCACGACAGCGCUACGGGGAUUCUGAUCACGCCUUGGUGGCCCCAUCAGCCAUGGUUCUCCACUCUCUUCCAGCUAUCCGGCAACACUUCUCUCCAGCUGCCACUCAUACCACAUUUAAUAACUCAGCAGGACGGAGGUGUUCGCCACCCAGACCUUACUUCACUAGGUCUUAUGGCCUGGCUCAUUUGGUGAACCACAAUACUGAUCCGGUACCGACAGAACCAAGGUCUGCCAUACUUACCAGACACAGUCCUGAUACAAUACCUGUUCCCUCGAGUUUGAUAGACCCUACAUCGGAUCAGAGCACUCUCCAUCCCGACAUCCAGCAUAUUCUUCAAUCUGCCUUAAGACCGGCAACUUGAUGAUCUUAUGCGGUGAAAUGGAAUCAGUUCUCAUCCUUGGCAGAAUCUAAUUCGUUUACCGCUUCCUCAGCCUC